UUCAUCUAUCUUAACUUGAGCGCUUUUUGGUUUCCUGUCGGCAGUAAUUCAACUCUGUGCUAUCUCAGCUUGCCUGAAGGGUGGAUAAAUUGGUGCCUGCACUGAGAAGGGGAGUGAGUUCUCAUAGACUGAUUUGAGCAUAAGGCACAUGAGAUUGAAUUUAUGAAGGAUUUUGGUAGCUUCUGAAGACAUCUUUUUUCUGUGACUUUGAAUUUCUUCAUUCUGUUUGUGGCUGUUGUUUCUGAGAACAAUCUGUCAUGACUCUUCUGGAACCUGAGAUGUUAAUGAUGGCUGUACAGUCAGUGCUGCAGUUGAAACUCCAGCAGCGCCGGACUCGGGAAGAACUGGUGAGCCAAGGGAUCAUGCCGCCUUUGAAAAGUCCAGCUGCAUUUCAUGAGCAGAGAAGGAGCUUGGAGCGGGCCAGGACAGAGGACUAUCUGAAACGGAAGAUUCGUUCCCGGCCAGAAAGAUCAGAGCUGGUCAGGAUGCACAUUUUGGAAGAGACCUCGGCUGAGCCUUCCCUCCAGGCCAAGCAGCUGAAGCUGAAGAGAGCCAGGCUGGCUGAUGAUCUCAAUGAGAAGAUUGCACAGAGACCUGGCCCCAUGGAGCUGGUAGAGAAGAACAUCCUGCCUGUGGAGUCCAGCCUGAAGGAAGCCAUCAUUGUGGGCCAGGUGAAUUAUCCAAAAGUAGCGGACAGCUCUUCCUUCGAUGAGGACAGCAGCGAUGCCUUAUCCCCUGAGCAGCCGGCCAGCCAUGAAUCCCAGGGCUCGGUGCCGUCACCCCUGGAAGUCCGAGUCAGCGAAUCACUGCCCAGUGCCACCUCUGUGUCCCCUACUCAGGUUGUAUCUCAACUUCCGAUGGGCCCGGAUUCCAGAGAAACACUGUUUCUAACAGAGCAGCCACCCCUGCCUGCCCCACCUCUGCUGCCUCCCAGCCUCACCAAUGGAACCGCUGCCCCCACUGCCAAGCCCACCCCAACGCUAAUUAAGCAAAGCCAACCCAAGUCUGCCAGUGAGAAGUCACAGCGCAGCAAGAAGGCCAAGGAACUAAAGCCAAAGGUGAAGAAACUCAAGUAUCAUCAGUACAUCCCCCCGGACCAAAAGCAGGACAAGGGGGCGCCCCCUAUGGACUCCUCCUAUGCCAAGAUCCUGCAGCAGCAGCAGCUCUUCCUCCAGCUCCAGAUCCUCAACCAGCAGCAGCAGCAGCACUAUAACUACCAGACCAUCCUGCCCGCUCCACCAAAGCCAGCAGGCGAGGCUCUGGGAAGCAGUGGGACUCCCCCGAUGCGUAGCCUCUCCACCCCCAAUGGCAGCUCCAGCUCAGGCACCCCUGGGCCCAGUGGGCUGGCACGCCAGAACAGUGCCUUGCUGACUGGCAAGCCGGGGGCCCUGCCCGCCAACCUGGAUGACAUGAAGGUAGCAGAGCUGAAGCAGGAGCUGAAGUUGCGAUCUCUGCCUGUCUCAGGCACCAAGACAGACCUGAUUGAGCGUCUGCGUGCCUACCAGGAUCAAAUAAGCCCUGCUCCAGGAGCCCCCAAGGCCCCUGCUGCCACUUCCAUCCUGCCCAAGGCUGGUGAGGUGGUGGUAGCCUUCCCGGCAGCCCGGCUAAGCACGGGACCAGCCCUGGUAGCAGCAGGCCUGGCCCCAGCUGAGGUGGUGGUAGCUACGGUGACAAGCCAUGGAGUGGUGAAAUUUGGCAGCACAGGCUCUACGCCCCCUGUAUCUCCCACCCCCUCAGAGCGCUCACUGCUCAGCACGGGUGACGAGAACUCAACACCUGGGGACACCUUUGGUGAGAUGGUGACAUCACCACUGACCCAGCUCACCCUGCAGGCCUCGCCACUGCAGAUCCUUGUAAAGGAGGAGGGUGCCCGGGGUGGGUCCUGUUGCCUGAGCCCUGCACGGGCAGAGCUGGAAGGGCGCGACAAGGACCAGAUGCUGCAGGAAAAGGACAAGCAGAUCGAGGAGCUGACCCGCAUGCUCCGGCAGAAGCAGCAGCUGGUGGAGUGGCUCAAGCUGCAGCUGGAGCAGGAGAAGCGGGCCCAGCAGCCGGCCUCUGGCCCGGGGCCAGCCCCCGUCCCUCUUGGCACCUCAGUGAAGCAGGAGAACAGCUUCUCCAGCUGCCAGCUGAGCCAGCAGCCCCUGGGCUCUGCUCACCCCUUCAGCCCCAGACCGGUAGCCCCUACUGCCAACCACACAGACGCUCUUGCCCUGGCCCUGGUGCCCCAGGCCGUGGUGGUGAAGCAGGAAGCUGUGCUGCCCGAGCCCGAGCCCAUCCCUGCCCCUGCCCCUGCCCCUGCCCCACCGCUGCUUCUGGGCCCACAGGGCCCCAGCCCCAUCAAGGGGGUCACCCCUUCCACCCUCAUCACUGACUCCUCAGGGACCCACCUUGUCCUCACCGUGACCAAUCAGAAUGCAGACAGCCCCGGCCCACCCAGUAGGAGCCCCCAGCAGAGAGGCCAGCUGUCCCCCACCAAGGUGGCAUCAACAGCUGGCUCCUUGAUGCUGCCACCCUCACAGCCCAGACCUUCUACUCAGUCCAGUUCAAAGCCCUUGUCCCACCCUGGCUCUCCAGGGCCUGGCCCACCAGCCCAGAUGGACUUGGAACACCCACCGCAGCCCCUCUUUGGGACCCCCACUUCUCAGCUGAAGAAGGAGCCACCUGGCUAUGAGGAAGCUGUGAACCAGCAAACCAAACAGCAGGAAAACGGUUCCUCAAGCCAGCAGAUGGAUGACCUGUUUGAUAUUCUUAUUCAGAGUGGAGAAAUUUCAGCAGACUUCAAGGAGCCCUCGCCCCUGCCUGGGAAGGAGAAGUCCCCCCUGACAGCAGCCUGCAGGUCCCCCCAGGCUGCACAGCCCUCACCCUGCACUGAGCUCCCCCAGCCUGCCCCGCCCCCGCUGGGCUCUCCCUCCCUGCCCGGGCGCCUGGAGGACUUCCUGGAGAGCAGCACGGGGCUGCCCCUGCUGACCGGUGGGCAUGAGGGGCCGGAGCCCCUGUCCCUCAUCGAUGACCUCCACAGCCAGAUGCUAAGCAGCUCUGCCAUCCUGGACCACCCCCCCUCGCCCAUGGACACCUCGGAAUUGCACUUUGCCCCGGAGCCCAGCAGCAGCGUGGGGCUGGACCUGGCGGACGGCCACCUGGACAGCAUGGACUGGCUGGAGCUGUCAUCGGGUGGCCCCGUGCUGAGCCUGGCACCACUCAGCGCCACGGCCACCAGCCUCUUCUCUACAGACUUCCUCGAUGGCCACGACUUGCAGCUCCACUGGGAUUCCUGCUUGUAGCUCUCUGGGUUCAGAGAUGGGGGGAUGUGGAGGGCAGCCUGGAAAUUGGGGUGCUGUGGAACUGUAGCUGGCCUGACUCCUGCCUGACUCAGCCUCUCCACGGGGCUGAGUCUUGACAGUCCCCAUCCCUGCUUUUUCCUCUUCGCUGGAGGCUGGAGCAGAGGGGUCCCCACACUGGGCUCAGGCUUACCAGGGGCAGAGAGAAGCCUCUAGGGGCAGCUCUGGGUCCUGCCCCGGGCUGGUCAGGCCCUGGCUGGGGCACUUCAGCCUGAUGACCUUCCCUGAGGUCUGAGGUCUGCUGUCUGGCUGCAGUUUGGCAAAGGAAGGAGAGGAGGCCCAAGGCUGAGGUGGGUGGGUGGGGUUCCUCUCCUUCCUUCACAUCCCCCUUCCCUCCGAGGGAAGGAACCAGCCUGGAUCCCUCCUUCCUCGUCCCUGUGUCGGCCAGCCCCAGGCUCUCUGGCAUUUCAGCGUCUUGGUGUAGCGUAGCCAUUUAGUGGUUGGUGGCAGAAAGUUUCUGUACAGGUGUAUAUACCUCUAUGUUAUGUAUCUACAUAUAUACACACACAUUAUCUAUACACGUAUUUUUUUUGGAGGGGCGGGAGUGUUUGCCAGCUCCCUCCCAUCCCAUGUGCACACACAGAAGGACCCUGUGUGUGCGCGCGUGUGUGUGUGUGUGAUGUGGAGCCUUCCAGCCACAACCCACACCCUAUCUGUCCUGCUUCCUGGCUCCUUAUCAGUGCCACAAGGGCAGAGGUGCUUCCUGGCCCUGCUCCUACCACGAGCUUGCCACCCUGCAGCCUCCCUGCGGCCAGCACCCGGCCGGGGAGCUGAGACACACACAGGCAGCAGCUCUGACCUCCUGCCCUGGGGCUGCCAGCCUCAUGCUCUGGCUUGUCACAAUCAAUCACUCCUAGGGGAUUUAAGGAUGGGGUUAGGGACAGUCACCAAAACAAGGGCUGGGACAGAGGUGGGGAAGCUGUGUGAACAACUUUUUAAAAUAAAAACAAAAACACCA